AUGUAGAGAAUAUUACCCUAUGCAUUUCAUGGAUUAGAUUAUUUAUAUGAGCCUUAAUUAGCCAGAUUUUAUAAUCUAAUCCCAUAAAUUUAUACUAAAAAACUUGGAGAAGGAUUCUUGAAUCAAACAUCUUAAGUCUAUACAUCACUAUUAUAAGCUAUUGCAGAAUAAGACAAAGAGUAUUUAAAAUAAAUUCUAGAGCCUAAAUUAUACCAUGCUACAUCACAUUGUAUGGAUAUGUUAGAAGGAAAACAAUUAAAAUUAUAAUAUAUUGGAUAGGAAUAAUAAGAAAAUGAAAAUAAGUAAGAAGAAGAAGAUGAAUAAGAAGAAGCAGCUUAAUAACCAUAAUAAUAGUUUGGUUUCUUUUCAAAAAGAUUUUAAAAUAAUUAGUAAUUAUUUUUUAUUAUUCAAAAGAAUUAAAAAUGAAGCAUAUCACAUUUAUCAUGAAAAAGAUUAUAAAUGCAAUAUUGAUGUGAAAGGGAUCUUUGGUGUAAAGAUAAACAGAAUUGAAAAUGAAAAUACUCGAUUUUUUUAGAUUCCUGCUUUCCCUAUUACUCCAAGGUAUUUAAAGAUAUUAAAAAAGGAAUUAUUUUAUUAAUCUUAAAAAUCCUUUCAGUCUUUAUGAAAAUUAAAUAUUAGUUACUAAUAUUUUAAUUUAUACUAGCAAGAAAUUAAUUGCAGUUGAUUAAGAAGGAAAAAUAGUUCAAGGAAAUUAUGAUAAUAAUUAAUUUUAGUAUCAUAAAUUAAGAUUAGAAUCUUAUGUUCCAAAUUUUAAUUGGAUUAUUACUGAUAUAGACGAUUAUCUUAAAGGAAAUCCUUAUUUUUGA